AUCGCGUUUAACAAUGCUUUCCAAAGAAACCGCGACUGGUGGCUGAGGAUUAAAAAAGGUGAUCUUAUAUGAUGCCCAAACCACAGAAUUCUGUGCUCAAACCAAAUACUGCGAGACUAAGCCACAGUGUCAAAGGAAAAGAGCGUUCAAGGUCCCUCUGGAUGGACUACUUGCCUUUCUUGAAUAAAAGCAGUAUUUGGUUCACAAGCUUUCAUAAGUAUGAUGAGAAGAUUUAACAACAUAGGAAGCAGUGGCCUCCUGCUUUUCAGAGCAGUUGGCAAAGUAUCCAGGCUCCCAUUGGUCAGAAAAUCAUCAUCAGCUUUGAUUCCAGAAGAUGGCAAUUACUCAAAGCCUAUCAUGAGUACCACCGUUCCAGGCCCCAAGUCCACGGAAGUACUGCAAGAACUUUCCAGCAUCCAGACAACUGGCACAAUGCAUUUUGUGGCUGACUUUGAAAAAAGUCAAGGCAACUACCUUGUUGAUAUUGAUGGCAAUGUGAUGCUGGACGUAUACCAACAAAUUGCAUCACUUCCAUUAGGCUAUAAUCACCCUGCUAUCAAGCAAGUAGUCGAGUCUCCAGAACAUCUAAGCCUUUUGAUCAAUCGACCUGCCUUGGGAGUUUACCCUCCACUGCAAUAUGUCGGACAGAUCAAAAACCUUCUUCUCGAGGUUGCACCACGUGGUCUUGAUUGCGUACAAACAAUGAUGUGUGGUGCGUGUUCAAUUGAGAAUGCAUAUAAAGCUGCUUUCAUUAGAUACAAGAGCAUAAUGCGUGGCCACUCCGAUCCCACAGAAUUUGAGUUACGGACAUCUUUAGAGAAUCAGCAUCCAGGAUCGCCAAACCUGAGCAUACUGUCCUUCGAAAAUGCAUUUCAUGGUCGCACGCUUGGAGCGUUGGCAACUACCCGUGCCAAACCAAUUCAUAAAGUUGACCUUCCUGCCUUCAAGUGGCCUAUGGCCCCUUUUCCCAAACUGAAAUACCCAUUGGAGGAUUUUGUAGACGAGAACAGAGAUGAGGAAAGCCGGUGCUUGGAACGAGUGUUUAGCGCCAUCGUCGCGUCUAAUAAAGAGAAUCGAUUUGUGGCUGGUUUGGUGGUGGAACCAAUCCAAGGAGAAGGAGGAAAUAAUUCUGCAUCGCCAUAUUUCUUCAAUGCCUUGCAAGCUAUCUGCAAAGAGUUCAAUGUUGCCUUUAUCGUCGACGAAAUCCAAACAGGUGUUGGAGUGACUGGGAAGUUCUGGGCUCAUGAACAUUGGGACCUCCCCGAGCCUCCAGACAUCGUCACUUUUGCAAAGAAAAUGCUUACUGGUGGAUAUUUCUUUCGAAAGGAAUUCAUGCCAGCACAGCCUCUGAGAAUUUUUAAUACCUGGAUGGGCGAUGCUUCUAAAUUGAUUCAACUGGAGCCCGUUUUACGAACGAUCAAGGCAGAUAACCUUAUUGAACGCGCCAAGGAGUCUGGUGACAGGCUGUUGUCUGGCCUUGUCGAACUUCAGAAUCGAUAUCCUGAUGUGCUCUCCGCCGCAAGAGGUCAAGGAACGUUUUGCGCGGUUGACGUACGGGACGCUGCCACCGCACAUCAUUUGAGUGUCUUACUAAGAAAUGCAGGACUUGAAAAUGGCACGUGUGGAGAGAGGGCACUCCGUUUCAGACCUGCUUUGAUUUUUACCAAACAACAUGCCGAUUUGUGUUUGGAUGUAUUGGAAUCACAAUUGAAAAGUCUUCAUGAACAUCAAAUCUGAUAGCCUGCUCGCUUUUUUGGUAUUGGAGGAUUUUCAACCUGUUCCUUUCAGUUGUCAUUGAAAGUCCAUGUAUGUGAUAUAAUUUUGAAAGACUCUUCAAGUAGGCUCGGCCUUAAGCAAUUUUAAAAAGAAAUUAAAAGGAUAUGGCUUGUAAUAUUUGUAUUUGACUGUAUUCCGCAUUCUAAUUAUAUAUACCAGUGAAUAAGUAAUUGAGUUUGUGAUUGACAUUGUGUUGUGAA